AUGACCACCACUUUAGCCGGCCAGUUUCGAUCGAACAUGCUUCGACGUACGUUCGUGGUGCUGCAGUUCUGCAGCUUCCUAAUCGCUUGCGGUUGCACCAUUGUUCUACGCAAUGAUUAUAUUAGUGUAUCGACAGCAACGGACUGUCAACGACAGAAUUCUACUGAGUGUGCGACGGGGACGCAGGAGGCUGGGACUGGCGAUCAGGAUGGGGAGAGAGUGGAUGGGAAUGUGGAAGAAAAUUUUGGGGAUGGAGAGGGUGAUGAGGCCAGGGGUCGCAGGAAGAAGAAAGGAUAUGGACAGAUGCUGAUGUACUUUCUGGGUGCUUCCAAGCUGACUAUGCUUUACGUGUUGAUCAAUAUCGUUACUGCCAUCGCUGCGAAAGCUCUGGUCGUUGGGAAAGCUGCUCUGGCCAUUGCUACUGCUCUUGCUUUGAAGAAAGCUUUUGAGCACAAGGAGAAGGUGACGUACGAGGUAGUCAAGCACCCCUACCACACCGUUGAACACAGCCAUAGUUCCAGCAUCGACUACGACCACCACGGUUACGGUGAAAAUGAAUUCGGCUACCGAAAACGAAGAAGAAUUCACCAAUAACGAAGCGCAGUUACCAAAUCAAAUUUUGUAUAAAUAAAGAAAAUUUCGCUGCAAAUAUUUAUAUGAAGCCCACUUUUUUAACACUUCUGAUCAGUUCUAAAU